AUGGUGAAGUGCGCCCCAUCGGACUCUCCAUUGAUUCAGGAUCACCUGCAAUUCUGUUUUUUAAUUUUCUGAUGCCGUGUUUAAAGUGAUUCCGCGAAAUGCAAAAUACCCGUUAGAGAAAGAAAAAUAUAACUAAAUUUCAUAGAUUCAGAGAUCAUUUCAGCAUUUCGCGGGAAUUACUUUGAACACGGUAUGAUGUUUGUUUUUUCUUAUUUUGUUUUAAGUCCUUGUAAGGUUCAAAAAUUUAAGAUUCAUUUACAGGACCGGUAGCUUGAAAGAGUGAAAAUCGCUUUUGAAAGUCUACUUAUUCAUUCGUGUGAGUUAACCGUUUCAGAGACUCGGAACUAUGAUUUUUUUUAUUUAGUUGCAGAACUUAAGUAAAAUGACGGCCGAUGCGAAUCGCAGCGAAUCUAUGCUAUGCAUGGACAAGGCUCGCGAGGCUAUCAAGGUAAGCUUUUCACUAAGUUUUUGAUAAUUUACUAAAUAUUUUUUUGUCGUAAUUUUUUUAAAAAAAGAUAUUUGCAUGUAAGAAUUGAAAGAAUCCCGAGUCAACCGCUGAAAAGGGAAAAGAAAAAAAAGAGGAAGAAAUUGAAAGAAAAAAAUUUAGGCUGGCGAUGCUGACAAAGCACGACGGCUGCUGAAUAAAAGCCAAGCAUCUUGA